AUGAGUGCAGUACCCUUGGUCGUAUUCAACAAUGGCCAUACCUGCCCCGUCAUCGGCCUGGGCACGUGGAAGUCGCAGCCAGGCGAGGUGACGCAGGCCGUGAAGGACGCCAUCGACGUGGGCUACCGCCACAUCGACUGCGCCCACAUCUACCUCAACGAGAAGGAGGUGGGGGAGGCGCUGAGGCAGAAGUUCCAAGAUGGCACCGUCAAGAGGGAGGAGAUUUUCAUCACGUCGAAGCUCUGGUGCACCUUCCACCGGCCGGACCUGGUCGAGGGUGCCCUGAAGACCACGCUCGAGAACCUCGGCCUGGAGUACUUGGACCUGUACCUCAUCCACUGGCCCCAGGCCUACAAGGAGGGCGACGACCUCUUCCCGAAGGACGCCGAGGACAAGGCGGUGCCCUCUCCGGUGGACUACGUGGACACGUACAAGGCGAUGGAGGCGCUGGUGGACAAGGGACUGGUGAGGAGCAUAGGAGUCUCCAACUUCAACAAGCGCCAGCUGGACAGGGUCAUGGAGGCGGCCAGGAUCAAACCCGCUGUCAACCAGAUCGAGGUGCACCCCUACCUCAACCAGCAGAAGCUGUUCGACCACUGCAAGUCCCUGGGGGUGACGGUGACCGCUUAUUCGCCGCUGGGCUCCCCCGACAGGCCCUGGGCGAAGCCGGGAGACCCCCAGCUCAUGGAGGACCCCAGGCUGAAGGCGCUCGCGGAGAAGCACAAGAAGACCGUCGCCCAGAUCCUCAUCAGGUACGCGAUCGACCGCGGCAUGAUAGUGAUCCCGAAGUCCGUGACGCGUUCGCGUAUCGAGCAGAACUUCGCCGUGUUCGACUUCCAGCUGUCGGCCGAGGAGCUGGAGACGGUCGCGGCGCUCGAGUGCAACGGCCGCCUGUGCAGCAUGGGCGAUGUUCACCAUCCGGACUACCCGUUCCACGAUGAAUUU